AUGAAUAACAAAGGAAACCCCAAACAUCAGUACCAAGAAGGCAAACCCCAGCCCCAGUCAGAGGCUGUGAAGGCAGAGGAAGCCGGCAGGUGGACUCCGAAAGCUCUCACAGGAGCUGAGCCUCUUCCUGUGUUGGCCACACACCAGCACAGCCCGUGGAGGAGCUUCUUCAUCUUCUUCUUCCUCUUCUCUCCCGUUCCCAGCACUGUCUGGCCUGGCAAGAUGAAGAAGUGGAAGAGGAUCACCAUCCUUGCCACCCUGCAGGCCCAGCUCCCAGCCACAGAUGCUGCAUCAAUUCUCGGCCUCACAGAUCCCAGGCUCUGCUACAUGCUGGAUGGAUUCCUCUUCAUUUAUGCAGUGGUCAUGACAGCUCUUUUUGUGAAGGCAAAGCUCAGCCAGGCCUCUGAGCCCCAGCUGCGAGCAGGCCAGGAUGACGUGUACAACAAACUCUCCCGCGGGCACAGAGACGAUUACGAUGUUCUGGGAGGAAAGCGAGGAGCAGACCCCGAGCUGGGCGGGAGACACCAGCAGAGGAGAAAGAACCCUCAGGACACUGUCUACACUUCACUGCAGAAGGACAAGAUGGGUGAGGCAUACAGUGAGAUUGGAAUGAAGGGAGAGCAGCAGAGGCGGCGAGGCAAAGGCAAUGAAGGUCUCUACCAGGGGCUCAGUGCAGCAACCAAGGACACCUAUGAUGCUCUCCAAAUGCAACCUUUGCCCCCUCGCUAG